GAGGCUUAUUGUUCUGUGUUCAAGAUUCCACUGCUAGUGAGGAAGUGGAACAGUGUAUUGGACAGAAUGAUUCCAGGAGUGAGUCAGUGUCUAGCCUUCUGUCCUCAGAUUCGGCUCAUGGAGUUUUCCUGAGAGCUACCCUGCUGAUUUGUCAUCGUUUAAUGUCAGCUUGGCAAGCUGAUUUAAAUGUGUCUCUUGCUGCACUAGAAGUUUUGUCAGGACUAGCUAGGAUUCAUCUUCCAUCUCGAGAUUCUCUUGAGUGUAAAAGAGCAGUAAAAUGGAUUUGUGACUUCAUUGUUAAUCAGUGUUCAAAGCCAGCCAAAGCACAUUCAAAAGACUUGCAUUCUGCCAUAGUAGCAGCAUAUCAGUGUGUCACAACCUGGUUAACAGAACACCCGGAUCUGCUGCAGGACAAGGAGACAAUUCAUACUGUUAUGGAGGUUGUAGAGCUUGGUAUAUCUGGGACAAAAUCUCAGCCUAAAGCCUCAGAUGUACCCCAGUUUAAAGGAGACAAAGAGUUAAAGCCAGCUUCUAUGAGAGUCAAAGAUGCUGCAGAAGCUGUAUUAGCCUGUAUGUUGGAUCAUGUGGGAUAUUUUCCUCCUCCAUCUGGUGCUGAGAGCCUGUCUUCACACCUGGAUGAAGAAUCUAUUUUGCAGCAUAGUACUGGUUGGGAAGGACAACUCACAAAGGAAGAAGCUGUUCAACAUUUCUCUUACUUUGUUGUAGAAAACUGCUAUAUUGUUGCUUUGUUGGAGCAACAUCCCGAGAAUGGUGGAGAUCCAGAGCCUACAGUUACAAGUCUAAUUCGUGGACCAUUUGGAAGACAUGCAUGGACCUUACAGCUGCGACAUUUGCCAAAACACAAGCCAGGAAAUAAAUUCUAUGCAGUUAACCCAGGAAGACCGUUGCCUAUGUCUGAUGUAGGCAUACAUUAUAAUGUUCGUCCAAGAUGUUUUCCUGAUAAUUUGGAGAGAAUAUAUCCAUGUAAAGCUGAUGCAAGUAUUCCAACACUGGAGACUGUAAUUAACAACCAUAAUCCUGCAGAACAUGAGAAGCUGGCUAAAUUGCUUGAAAGCCAGAUACUUUUUGAGGAGUCUGCGUCAAAGAGUACAUCGACACAGGAAAAGGAAUACCCAAAUCCAGAGACUGAAUGCAAAGCUCCCAGUGUAUGCCAAGAUUUCCAGACUGCAAGACUUCUUCUGUCUCACCUUGGGUUUUUGUCACAAGAGGCACUCAAGGACUCUGCAACUCAGUCAUUUCCAUCAUUUAUCCUCUUGGACCAGUCUCAUUCAUCCUUUGGUUCUCAACUUGAGGCAUUGGACAACAUUUCUACCCGAAGCAGUGAUACAGUCUUCAUUUUCUAUGUAAAGAGUGGUCAAACUACUGCACCUGACAUUCUUGAUAAUCUCUCCAACAGAAAUGUUCAUCCCCACUUUCUGGAGUUCUUGAGGUCUUUAGGCUGGCCAGUAGAUGUAAGGAAACAUGCUGGAUGGACUGGGCAUGUUUCAACAGCUUGGAGGGUUCUUCCUAGCAGUGACAUUCCAGAUGACCUUCCUACUGAUCAUGGUGGUAGCUUAUAUAAUGGACACCACCAAGUUCUGUAUUGGUCAGAUGUCUCAUCAGAAAUAGCUUUUGUUGUGCCAUCACAAAGAACAUCUUGGAGGACAGAUUCUGAGGAUAACCAGAAAGACUCUGAUACUGACUCAUUAGCUGAUGUUCUUCUACGUACCAAAGCAGUCAGAUUUGAUGUACCUUUGGACCGUCAUUCUCUGGAUCAUCCUGUAGAAGAGGAUAGGACAUCAUUGUCUUCUCAGUCAUCAUCUGAAAGUAGCAAACCCAGAGGUUUGUCGUUAAGCCUUGAAUCAUCUGAAGGACUUGGUCGUACUCGUCCAGGAUCCAGCCAUAAAUUUGGUCGUCAGUUCAGUUCCAGUAGCAGUGGUGACUUUAAAGUAUUAGUUGUCUGGCUAGAAAGUUUUGAAGAUCAUGCAACUUUUCCCUUUGGUGACUUAGUUCAAGAAACAGCAACUGGUUUGGAGCCUCCCGCUUUAACUCCUCGAUGUUCAGAGAAGGACAUUUUUAUUAUUUUUAUACAUGCUUUACAAAAUGGACUGUUUCGUAUAAAAAUGCAAGGACCAAGUGGAAGAAUGACACUGGCUCUUCCUUUGGUUGAUGGAAUGGUUGUUAGUCGUCGUAUACUUGGAACUCUUGUUAGACAAACGGCUUUAAAUUUGUGUCGUAGGAGACGCUUAGAUGCAGAAAGUUGUCUACCCCCACAUGUUCGUCGGAAGUUAAAAAUUCAGGAAAUAGUGAACCGGUAUUGGCGCAAACUGUCAGAACCAGAAUUCUAUACUUCACUGUUUUACUUACCACCUUGAUUAAGUGAAAAUGGUUGAUUCCAGCAUUACCAUGUAGUAAAUAAUGAUCAUUGGAGUGUACACUCUAAGUAUUUUAGAUAUUCAGGUUUGUAUUUACCUAAGAAUAUGUAUAUCAGAUCUUCCCUAUAAAUGUAAUUUUCAUAUUAGAUGUUGUUUACAUUAAGAUCAUAUUGUUUGGAGAUUAGUUUUCAAUUCACUAUCAGUACUUAAUUUAGAAUUUGCAGUUCAUGAUCAUUUAAAGUAAAUAUAAAUACUUCUGCUGUCUUAGUAUAAGUAAAAAAAAUAUUGUAAAUUAAUAAUUAUUUGGUGCAAACUCAUGAAUA